GGCCGGAUGGAAUCUUUAGGCCAUAAAUACAUAUCUGAACUAGUUGGGAGAUCAUUCUUUCAGCAACAGCAUGCUAGAGGUCUUGGCUGCUAUUUCACACUGCAUGACCUUAUCCAUGAUCUUGCUAAGUCACUUGUAAGGGAUCAAAGUCAGCAACAGGAACUCCAGGAUCUACCAAACAUAACCAGCCCAAGGCUAGAUAUCAUUAGAAGCCAAUAUGAUAGGCACUUUUCAGCCUUCCUCUCAGCCAAAGCACUAGAGACGCCUAUAAUAGUACAAUCAAGCAGAGGACAGAAUCAAGAAUCACUAAGGUCAGUGUUGUUAUGCUUAGAUGGUGGAAAUGAUGAUUUCCUACAAGUACACUCCGGUGGUUAUUCUGUUGUGGUGCACUUUGAAAGGGAUUUCUUCAUGAACCCUCAUGUGCGAUUUCUACGAGUGUUGGAACUUGGCAGCUGCAGACUAUCUGAACUACCCCACACUAUUGGUAACAUGAAGCAACUAAGAUACCUAGGUCUUUCUUGUACAGAUAUUGUACGAUUACCUCAGGCAGUAUGUAGCCUCUUCAAUCUGCAAACACUUGACUUGAGAUGCUGCAGAUUCCUAGUUGAGCUUCCCAAAGAUAUAGGAAAAUUACAGAAUUUACGACAUCUUGAUUAUAAUAUAUUAGGCAAAAAUGAUUCUGCAAUACCGAUUUGCAAGUUCAAAAGUAUACCCGAGGGCAUAGGCAAGUUGACUAAACUGCAAACACUGCCAGUCUUCAUUGUGCACUUCAAUGGCCAGACAGCAGGAGUGGCAGAACUUAAAAACCUGAACAAUCUGCAAGGGCCACUAAGGAUUUCAUCCCUAGAACACAUCACUUGGGAACGCACUUGUGAAGCAAGAGUUGCUGAUCUGAUAACAAAGGUGCACAUUAGACGUUUGUGCUUGCAGUGGAACAGCCACAUCCGCUAUGGGGAUAACCCUAAAUCACAAGUGAGAUCCUCGCAAGAAAUUGACUUGGAAGUACUUGACAGCCUUGAGCCUCAUAACAGAAUUCAGUGGAUUGAAAUUGAGAAGUACAUGGGUUGCAGUUAUCCCAAGUGGGUUGGACAUCCUUCCUUUCAACAGCUAGAGACUGUAAUCAUCCGUGACUUUUCAUCUGAUUCUCUUCCACCAUUAGGACAACUUCCAUACCUCAGGCAUCUUGAGGUCAGGGAGAUGAGUUGGGUACGAACUAUUGGAAGUGAAUUCUAUGGCGAGGAGGUAGCACUGCAACGAUUCCCAGCUCUUCAGACGUUGUUGUUUGAUGAGAUGACUGUGUGGAAUGACUGGCUGCAUGACGAAGGCCAACAUGGUUUCCCUUGCCUCCAGGAGCUUACCAUCUCCAAUUGUCUCUGCUUGAAAUCUCUGUCAUUAUACAAUAUGGCAGCUUUGAAGAGGCUUACUGUCAAGGGUUGCCACGAUCUUGUGGUAAUAAAAGGCCUAGAAGAAUGUUGGGUGUCAACAAAACAUAGUCAAAACAACUAUACAGAUACUCCAGGUUAUAGUAGAUUUGUGGAUGGCAAUGGACCAAAAAUCCCCAAUUCAACUCUACCAGCAAGACUUGAGGUCAUACGGAUUUCCGAUUGCACAUCACUCCCAAAUUCAAGCCUUCAACAAGCAAUAGAAAUUACGAGGAUUUUCCGACGAAGGUCAAACUCAGACAUAUUCUAUUCUGAACAGAAAGAAGUUGACGAGGGUGCUGUUCUGAUCAUAUAGUGCUCCAUGCCAAAGGGUAUUGCCCUACUCACCUCAUCAGAUAUUUAGAGGAAGAUGAAAGGCAAUUUCUUGGUUUUAAUCAGCAAAUAACUCACGUGAAAAUAUAAUGCAUUCACAUGCUUCUACUAUCCUCUUGACAAUUAAGAAAGAUAUAGAUCUACAACAUUACAUUUGAAAACUUAUUUGCACUCUUUUCUGCUUACGGUGAAGACCAAAUAGAACGGAUGAUAUCAUAUGUUGACACCAAGCAAUAUCAUGUAACUAUACAUUGUCACACCACACUUGUUAUUUUUCUGCUACAUUGUUUAAUUAGUAUGUCAAUUCAUCUCUGUUAGA